AACCGCCCACAAGGCCACACACAAACAAACAAGCGAACCAACGCCUUCUCUAUACCCAUGAUACUUGACUUGCACUUCAUCUUCUUCUUCACUCACUCACUCACAAUUAUCAUACCGUUCCACCAAACUGUUAACUGCUUUCUUUUUCUCUCUCUUUCUCUCCCUCAAUCCAUCAACUUAAAUUCUUCACUGUUGUUCUCUGCCCCCUUUCAAUCUCCAUUUUCCAGCCCAGACUGUUGUUGAUCGUUGGAUUUUGGUGUAUGGGUUUGGAUGAGUGUUGGGAAUUGAAAAGACCCCUCUACCGAACUGUUGACAGCUCUCCUUUUUUGUCUUUUUCUCUCCCUAAAUUCAUUAACUUAAAUUCUUCUCUAUUGUUCUCCGCUCCCUUUCAAUCUCCAUUUUCUAGCCCAUGUACCCCUUCGCAUUUUCCAUCUUAGAGACAAAAAUUUAGCGAUUGCUGUCUGCAGUGUUCGAUUUUGUUUUUCUGCAAAGAUAAAUCGCUAUGGAGCUCUUGGAGAUUCAACCACGCGAACUCAAGUUCACAUUUGAGUUGAAGAAACAAAGUUCAUGCUCAAUUCACCUUGUCAAUAAAUCCGAUCAAUAUCUCGCUUUCAAGGUGAAGACCACAUCUCCAAAAAGAUAUUGUGUGCGACCGAACACAGGCGUUGUUAAGCCAAAUGCAGAAUGUGAUGUCAUGGUUACCAUGCAAGCUCAGCGUGUAGCUCCACCUGAUAUGCAGUGUAAAGAUAAGUUCCUGAUUCAAAGCACAGUUGUCCCCUAUGGUACAACUGAAACCGAUAUUAGAUCUGACAUGUUUGCAAAAGAUAGUGGCAAAUACCUUGAAGAGAAAAAACUAAGAGUGGUUCUCAUUGGCCCUGCUCAUUCUCCUGUAUUGCUACCACUUAAUGGAUUAUUGAAGCAAGAUCCAUGUCAUGAAAAUUUUUCACAAAAAGAUCAAUUGCUGAGUGGAGUUGAAAACACCCCCCCAGCUCAUGUGGUAGCUAAGGAUGUAGAGGGGUUCAAAACUGCUAAAGUUACAGAUGAGUCAAGAGCAGCUAAGGAUGUGGAGUCAAGACCAGCCGAGGAUGUGGAUGAACUGAAGUUAACAAAUGAUAUUGCUAAGGAGAACUUAGCCAAGGACAUUGAGGAGUUGAAUUCAAAGCUAAAUGUAGUAGAGCUAAACCUAAGUGAGGCUAAACUUAUUAUCACAAAGCUAACAGAGGAAAGGAGCAUGGCCACUCGGGAGAAGGAAACACUUAAGCAUGAACUAGCAAUGUUGAGGAAGAAGAGUGAUGUGAGAAGAGUCCGGGUGGGUUUCCCUUUCCUGUUUGUUCUGAUAAUUGCCCUCAUCGGUAUUGCAGCUGGAUACCUUAUGCACUCAUAGAAAGAAGACUUAUUUUGUACUCUGUGACUGACUGCCUGGAAUUUUUAGAAGGAACAAGUUUUCCUCCUCAAUGAUCAGACACAGGAUUUUAUAGUCUGUUUAUUGACCGGCCCAUGCCAGAAUUGUCGACAUAUUGUGUGUGAUAUAUAGGAAUCUAGUAAAAAGUUGCUUGUUAAGAGAACUGAUCUCUUUGAAUAAAAAGAAGAGUCAGUUUGUAGAAUGACCAUUUUGAGGAGCUUUUUCCUUAUCAGGUCUAUGAAUCAUUAUGAAUUUCAUUACCACA